AUGGCACCGUUGGGCCGAACGCGACUUGGGCUGGAUGCCACCAGCAUCACAGCCGGCAGCUUGACGCCUCGAACCUGCGGCCCUUUGGAUGCCGUCUUGAACUGUCUGCUGCAUGACCCUGCGUUUUUCUACCUCAAAAAGAGGCCGAAAGCCGUGCAGGAGCCGGUACCACGGAAGCGUCAAAGGUUGCUGGCCAAUCGCUUUCCAGACUUUAAGGUGAAGGUUGAGUUGCCCAAGGAUGAAGAGCCACUUCCCGCUGUGAAACUUGACGAAACAGCGAAUAUGAGUGAGGCCGACCAGGAGGUCCUGUCCUUGCCUUCGGAAGAGGCCGGCUGUGCAGUGGGUCGCGCUUCUCUUGGUGGAAAGUCAUCACUUCGGCUGAGACCCGCGAAUAGAUAG